AUGGAGAGAAGGCACAGUGCUGAAGGCCUUGAAGUCGCGCGAUUCGAAGGCCUGGAAUACAAUGGAGACGCCGCCGGUCUCCAGUAUGUACCUCCGGGAAUGGCGCGCAAUGGCGCAGCAAAUGGUCCACAUGUGAUCGAGUCUCUCCCGGAAAAGGGGAGUCCGCAGCGCAGAAUUUGCGGCCUACCGAGAACUGGUUUCUGGAUACUACUCGCGUUAACAACAGCCUUCAUUAUCGGCGGCGCGAUUGGUGGAGGAGUGGGCGGUUCAAUAGCAGCCAAAAAGGGCAGCAGCCCACAGCCACCACCCGCGUCAACGACAGCUUUCACAACUUCAUCUACUCCUGUUACAUCUGCUACCAGUACUCACUCGGAGCGGUCGGUAACGGCUUCGACAACUUCUUCUGCUCCGGUUACCUCUGGCACAAGUGGCAUCGCCGCUAACCCGUGCCCUGGGAUCAAUCAAACUGUAGUGACGGGGUCCACUGGCUCUGCGUUUACUGUUCUGUGUGGUGUUGAUUGGCCCAGGGGCAUCCAGGCCAUGAAUGGCAAGGGAAAAGUGAGUGAUAUUGGUCGUGCGACUGUAUACUCUAUACAGGAAUGCAUCAACACCUGCGUCGGUUCGCACAAGGACGAUUGCAAAGGUGUAACGUAUUCGGCCAAUUUGACAUCCUCAUUUGACGGUGGGCAGGAUGGAAACUGUUUCUUCAAAGACCAAGCUGGUAUCUACUUCCCAGGGGGUGAUACGAUCAUAUCUGCAGGAAUCAUUGGGGGUUAG